AUGGAGGACGCUUCGAGUUCCGAGACACAAAGUCUCUUAAUCGCAAACUCAUCACCAUCCGACAAGUCGUCAAGGACGAGCAUGUCUACCACUCCAGACAAGGAAUCCGAAGCCAGAAAGGCAUAUGGCGCAAUUGACCACAAUGGCGAUGCGAGGAGAAGCAGUCUUGUCGACGCAGCAGAAGAUGAAGCAAUCAUCCCCAAAGGCGCACUCGAUCCCGUCUACGAGGCCAAGGCACGCAUUCUCAACCGUGCUGUGAGUGAGAUAGGAAUGGGAAGAUAUCAAUGGGAAUUGUUUAUUGUGAUAGGUUUUGGUUGGGCGAGCGAUAAUCUCUGGCCGAUCGUUACCUCUCUCAUCUUGACGCCCGUGGCGAAUGAGUUUGGCGUAAGCAAUCCGCCUUUUCUCCCCCUUGCGCAGAACAUUGGUCUGUUGGCUGGUGCCAUGUUUUGGGGCUUCGGCUGUGAUGUCUUUGGCCGCAAAUGGGCUUUCAACAUCACUCUAGGUUUAACGGCUGUUUGGGGCUUGAUAUCAGCCAGCGCCCCCAACUUCGCUGCCAUCGCCAUCUUUGACGCCCUCUGGUCUUUUGGUGUUGGAGGCAAUUUGCCUGUAGACUCGGCCAUUUUCCUCGAAUUUCUACCUGCUUCGCAUCAAUAUCUUCUCACCAUUCUCUCAAUCGACUGGGCUAUCGCUCAGGUAAUUGGCACCUUGAUCGCGUGGCCGCUUUUAGGAAACUAUACGUGCCAGCAAGACACCUAUCUCAUGAGCAAGGGAAGAGACGAAGAGGCAGUCAAAGUUAUGCACACAGUUGCAAAGAAGAACGGGAAGACGUCUACACUCACUAUUGAGGAUCUCAAAGCUUGUGAACCAGAGGGAUACGUCGCUCAGACAGAUGCAAGCGCGGCCUUGAAACGGUAUCUCGAAAAAGUCGACAUAUCUCACAUUAAAGCUCUUUUCGUAACAAGGAAGCUCGGUCUCAGCACUGGGCUCAUUAUGUCCGUAUGGGCUCUUAUUGGUCUUGGAUAUCCUCUCUACAACGCCUUCAUCCCGUACAUCCAAGCAACCAAAGGAGCCGACUUUGGUGAUGGAAGCACAUAUAUAACCUACCGAAACAGUCUAAUCAUUGCUGUUCUCGGUGUACCAGGUGCUUUGCUAGGAGGAUGGCUUGUUGAACUACCUAAACUGGGACGAAAGGGAACACUGUCAGCUAGCACUGUUCUCACUGGUGUCUUCCUCUACUGUUCAACAACUGCCACGACUAGCGGUGCUCUACUGGGCUGGCAGUGCGCUUUCAACUUUUUCAGUAACAUCAUGUACGCUGUUCUCUACUCUUUUACACCAGAGCUGUUUCCCACGCCUCAUCGUGGAACAGGCAAUGCCUUGUGUGCGUCUUGCAAUCGAAUCUUUGGCAUCAUGGCUCCUAUUAUUGCGAUCUUUGCAAACCUGGAGACAUCUGCUCCUGUAUAUACGAGCGGCGCUCUGUUCAUAGCCGCUGGACUACUCGUGCUACUUAUGCCAUUCGAGUCCAGAGGCAAAGCCGCCCUUUGA